AUCGUCCUAGUGUUGUUUUCUUUCCCCAAAGCAGUCAACCAGGUGCUUGUAAUAAAUUAUUGACCUUUUUUUGAAUGGUUGGCUAGUAGACAUUAUGUAUUGUUAAUACUUUCUAUGAGUGAAGAGCUUGACCAUUGAGUGGGGAACCUGUCAUUUCCAUUUAUUGUUUGAAAUCAACAUAUUUGUGUAAAUUUCCUAUGUAUUUAUUAAACAACAACAGUGAGGUUCUGCUUUUAUGCUAGGAGAGAGUUUUACGAAACAUAAGCAGUAAUUCAAUGAAAUGCAUUAAGUGCUAGCGCUUCAUGGAUUUAUUUCAUUGUGUUGGGGAUUAUGGCUUGCCUACAACACAUUGACUCUUAAAACUUGAUCAAACUAGAAGUUUCUUAUGGGAAAAAACUACUUAGGUUAAGUGCAAGCAUAAAUCUGAAGUGCUAAGAGGAAAACAGGAUCCCCAGUUGUAUUACCAAUUCAAAUGCUGCUUCUCAUUUAUGUAAUCACUUCAUGAGAUAGUCCUACUUAUUGUUGCUUUUAUAGUUUUCCUACUGACAAAAUCCUUCUAUGCAGCACCAUUGGCUGACAAGCUACACUAGAUGUGUGAUAGCUAUAAAUGUAUCCUUUGGAUGGAAUAAUUUAGAGGUGAUGUAGCUCUUUGAUGAUGUAGGCCUAUUGGAGUUGUUAUAUACAUCAUGCAACGGACUAAUCUAAAGAUGUGCUUGAGGAGCACCGAUAGUAUAACUGAUACCUCUGAAGUUGCAAAGGCAUAUGUUGGAGGUGGCUCUCCAAGUUCCAACUCCUUUAUAAUAAGAAUGGAUGAGUAUAAUCAGUGGGUGUCAAUGAACAAGUCGUGAUUGCUUCAAGGUAUUAUAAAUUAGAUGCUCCCAUUUGUUAAAUUGGUAAGCCUUCUAUUGCCUCUUGGUGUCUUUCUCAUAGGCCAUUAGCCUAACAAUUUUCUUUCUUUUUCCUAUGAGGAUCCUAAUUACAGUGGUGUCCUACUAAAUCCGGCUUCAUAUUAUAGACAAUAGAUAAUUUUGUUGACACAGACAACAAUGGACCAUCCCUCAAGGAAAUUGUUAUGGUUAUCCUUUUCCUGUCUCAUCCACCACAGAUAUGGCGAAGAUGCAUCAUGUCCUGUAGCAAUGUCUUCAAAACUGGACCAGACUGGCGGGUUCAACAGGUUGGAAAAGCCCCCUUAGAAUUGUUUGAGUGAUUAGACCUUUUUGAAGCAUUUCGAACUGCUUGAGCUGGAAAACUAUAAAGAACCAGUGACUUGCAAUUCAACUGGGAUUGCAGGAAAUUGCAAGUUUCAGGCCUUCUUUCCAAUUUACAAUUGGGCAUAGACAGGCAGUUGAGCCCUUC